GGGAUGCCAACUCGCGUCAUCGUGACGUGUCGCUUAUGUAUAAUACUUGGGACGCUGAACUUUGAAUGAGAAAACCGAAUAGUAUAUAAAAUGCAUAUGUUCCUUAGUAAAAAAAGUUAUGAAGUGUUGGCGCUGUUUUCGUAUUCGAAUUACGAACUCCAUAUUAUUUCUUGCCAAUACUUUUGCCAAAGCGGCUUAAAAUAAUUCAUGCACAGGCUUCUUCGUCAAGAUUUCCGAUUUAAUCGUUGCCGUUUUGUGGGCCUCGCACGGCUUCGUGAUUCACGUGCCAUCUCUAAUAAUAUUGCAGUGGAUUGGAUAUUUAAUAAAUUUAAUAUAUUGUUAUAUUCUGUCUGCCGCGCCUUGACGUGCCAAACUCAUGGAUAACAAGUCAGCCGUAUCUGCUCUACAUGAGUUUUGUGCAAAGACAAACAAUACUCCACCAACAUACAAUUUUAUUAAAGGCGAAGACGGAGGUUUCGUUUGUAAAGUAGAACUAUUGGAAUUAGAGGCCCUUGGAAAUGGGCGUUCGAAGCGCGAUGCCAAGCACCUGGCUGCCGCCAAUAUCAUGCGUAAAAUACAAAUGCUGCCCGGCAUGCAGAGCAUGACGCAGGAUUUGUCGUUGGGUGAUCUGGGUGAGGAAAUGACCAACCUAAACCGGGACAUGCUGAAGGAGCUGCGAGACUACUGCGUCCGCCACGACAUGCCACUGCCCCGCAUUGAGGUAGUGCAGCAAAGCGGCACCCCGAGCGCCCCGGAAUUCGUGGCCUGUUGCUCCGUGGCCUCCAUUGUUCGCUACGGAAAGUCGGACAAAAAGAAGGAUGCCCGUCAGCGAGCGGCCAUUGAAAUGCUGGCCUUAAUCUCCAGCAAUUCGCACAAUUUGCGUCCGGAUCAAGGGCAAGUAGCGAGCACAAAGAAAUUCAAAGGUGCUGAUAUAGAAGAAACUAUGGAGGAACUGGAGGCAUCGCGCAGAAAGAAAUUCAACAGCUACUGGGAGUUGAAGGAAGAAGGGAACGUAGACCAUACAGGAAUGCGCCUCUGCGACCGACACAACUACUUCAAGAGCUUCUAUCCUGCCCUGAAAAAGGUGGCUCUUGAGGCCAUCCAUUCAGAUGAAUACGAGAGCUCCAAGGAUAAGGCUAUGACCGUACUGAACGCUUUAAAGAUAACACCCAAAAUCAGUGAAGUGGCAUCUACAUCGAUGGUUCCCUUGCUUAGCGUCGAGCUUAAUUGUGAUUUCGAUGUGGUCCUUAUAGAGAAUGAGACUAAUAUAUACGACCAUAUAAUAGAGUAUUUUCGCACCAUGUUGGUUUAAUGUGUAUAACAUUUAUUCAACUAUUCUGGCUUAAAACUAGGUAAACUCGUUUUAUUUACACUCUAGAAUGCACAUAUUUCAUUAAAUCUUACGGUUAAUACAAAAUUA